CCAUCAUGUCCGGCUCCACCCUGAGUCUGAACCAUGACCCCACACCUCUACGCAGCACGCUGGGGCGCCAGGCCAGCUUCCAAGAACGCAGCAGCUCCAGACCGCAGGUGACGGCUCGGUCCAACACCUUACCCUCUGAUCCUCAGCGCCGAGCCUUCGCCAUGAGGAAGAUGAGGCAGGAGGUCAAUGAGAUCCUAAACCAGAACCCUGUGGAACUCCACAAGUUGACUCUGGAGAAGGCCUCGGAUCUGGAGGACUUUGGUUUCAGUGUUUCUGACGGUCUGUUGGACCGCGGGGUUUACGUCAGCAACAUCCGACCCGGAGGCCCGGCAGAGAAGGGGGGCCUGCAGGCCUAUGAUCGAAUACUCCAGAUUAACCACGUGAGGACCCGGGACUUCGACUGCUGCCUCGUGGUCCCGCUGAUCGCAGAGUCUCCAAACCACCUAGAGCUGGUCAUCAGCCGGAACCCAACCUCCUCCACGACCUCGCUGCUGGCCAAUCACACGGACGGCACCAACAACAGCACCCACUCUCCUCAGCCAAUCAGCAGCGAGCUCGGACCCACAGAGCUCUCUGUAGGCCAGAUGGAAGACGGGGGUCCGAUCAAGUGGAGCCAACCAGGAGACAUGCUGGGGGCGGGGUUCUCCGUUGCCCAGGUGACGAAUAAGUCCUUAUAGCAGACGAACCCGGGAAGAAACUGGAUCAAACCGGUUCUAACCAGGUCGAGAGGUCAACAAGGAGAACUAUACAACUACAAUAAACUGGUUUAGACCCAUCCGGACUGGUUCAGAGUGACCCCCCAUGGUGCUACACACCCUCUGGAUGGACUUUGACCACUAAAGUUUGACCUUUGAACUGCUGAAGCAGCCUGAAAGCACAUUGGACUGAAGCAACCCCCCCCCCCCCCCCCCCCUCACCUGAGCCGGUUCUGCACACUGGAAGUACUGGUCUACCUGGAUCCUGAACUAUGACUACUGAUCCUUCUGGAGCCACCGGACUAACAAGUCCGAACUGGUUCUGUCACCCAGAGCCAUUUCUACUGAUUCUGCUGAAGACUAAACCACAGGUCCUGGUUUGACUGGUCUAGGAUUAAUGGUUACUGGUUCUCCGAGCCUGGAACUAGGGCUACUGAAGCCAGAGCCACAGCCAAUGGUCUUACUGGUUCCAGACUUGUAGAAGCUGGUCCUUGUGGUUUGAGAAUUAAGGCUACUGAUUCCUUCAAAGCUUGAACAAGGACUAACGGUCGUACUGGUCCAAGGCCCAUGGACUCGGGUUGUAGUUGAUGCAGAACCAUGGCCUUGCACAAUCCACAUCUAAUGCUCUUAGCGGUCAAAGAGACACGGAUUCAGGUCUUGGGGCACUGGUCUAAAUGAAGUCAGAGUCUGUGGUCUGACUAGUUGGAGGCAUGGUUCUUGUUCAUGGUAACAACAUGUUUGGUACCACAGUCAGGACCACUGCCUCAACGAGCCCAGAACUGUGUGUCUUAGUCCAUCUGGUCUAACUGGAACCAGAACCAUUGCUUCUGGUUACACAGAACCACAGCAGCACAAAGACUGAUGGACUUCAGAAUCCAGAACCUGAAGGUUGCCAAGAACUCUAGGGAUGCUCUGAUCAGAAUAUCACUGGAAGCCAAAUGAGUUCACUUCCUGUUUCCUGUUUCCUGUUUCCUGUUUCUGUUCCUUUAAGAACGCCGCCUGGAAGAGAACCCGUUUAAACCCGACCACUGUGAUCCACAUGAAGUCUUAACCUUGAUGUUCUUCAGGCAGGAAUCACUUUAAUGUUUUUAUAUCAUGCUGCUACUCACCUCUGAAGUCACGAAGGGGACUCUGAGGGGCCGAGAGGGGUCUGAAUAAUCUGAUCCAUCAGGUCUUAGGACCAUGAGGUUUUAGAUGUUAGAGUUCUCUGCAGGGUAAAAACCGCAGAGACUGUCCUGUAUUAGCCUGGAGGACUUGUUUCAGGUGAAAACUUGUUCUGGUCUUGAGAUGGUGACGUGAAGGUACGAAGUGGACUGUGACAGACGAGGGUCCGCCAUGGUGGGUGUCAGACUGGUUUAAUGUAGGAUGAGGACCUGAAGGAAGCUGAACCUGACACGCUUCAUCAAAAACCAGAAUCUAAUCCCCCAGAAGUCCUCCAAAACCGCCCCGUUAACAAACAAGGUCCAGAGACAACAUCACGAGUCCUGCUGUGGUCAACACCCGGUCUGGAGUUCUUACAGGACCCGGUCACUUUGUGGUUUUAAUAUUAUCAUUUAGUUUUUAUGUUCCUUUAGAUUUGGAGCUGACUGAUCGUAGCUCUGAUGGUACCAACAUGACUCCAUACAAAGAUUAACUCCUGAGAGAGUUCCCUUCUUCCUCUUCUCUUAGAAAUGAUAAAAACAGAAGUCCUUUUUUAACUUGAAGCUCCAGGUCCAGAUCCAGAUCAGGAUCAGGAAGUGACCUCAUCACUUUUUAUUUGUUAUUAUUGAUUUGAGUUUGUUGGACAGAGUCAGCUGUUCCUGUUUAACAUCACGGUGUUCAGCCCGGCUGGAGGUCAGACUCAGCAUGAGCUCCUUUAAACUGGAGCUUCCUGUUAACACAGACAGACGGUCCGGCUCUCACGGGGACUUCAUGGUGACAUAAACUGGGUCUCUAAUAAACCCACAGAGACCAGGUUUAUCUCAUGUCCCUCUCUCUAAAUAUUCAUGUUGAAGACCCAGACUUCAGAGGUGGACAGCAGGCGGCCAUGAUGGAUUCAUGUUUUAUAUGAUGAGUCAGCUUCAUGACAGAAAUCACCCUCAUCGAUCAGAGCAUCCCUAACGUCACCAUGACGACGGACACGCAGAGUUUACUGUUUUAGUUCUGUGCCAUGAACGAGCUGCAAACUGGAGGAGUAAUAAUCCUGAUGAUGAUGAAGAUGAUGAUGAUGAUGAUGAUGAUGAUGAUGAUGAUGAUGACACUGAGCAGUUCAAUAAGAAUCUUUUUCUACUGUUUACACCUGUCGGACUGGCCACACUGUGUGUAUGUAUGUGUGCGUGUCUGUGUGUGUUGUAUGUUAUGUGCGUGUGUUAAACACAAGGCCAGUUAAACCCCUCCCACCUCAACUCCUCGUCUUGGCUUUGCCCCGCCCCCACCCUUCUCCCCUUGACCAAUAGGAAACAAAGAUGAGAGGCAGACAGAUUCUGAGAGGUAGAACUGAUUGGCUGGAACCAAUCAGAACAAACUCUCCCUGUCUGUGAUUGGUUCUCCCAAACACACAAACGGACCAAUCAGCUCCUAAUAAGAAGCCAAGCAUGACCCCCCCCCAUCCCCAGACCCCCAGACCCCCCAGAUCCCCCAGACCCCCUGACCCCCCAGUAACAGUGAUCUAUUAUGCUAAUCGAUCGGUGUGUUUUUGAUUGACUGUUGUCAGUUUUCUCUGUUUGUUUGUUUCCAUGGAGACUGAACCCGAGAACAUGUAAAAUAUUAAAAAAGGGUUCAGUCCCAUCGCUGUUCACAUCAGACCAUAGACCCCCAAAACCUGCACCUCAUUACCACCAAAACCACCAAACCACGACCACCUUACACCACAAAAAAUUACCUGUGCAAAACAGGAACCCUGUGACAGUAAACACCUGUGUGUGUGUGUGUGUGUGUGUGUGUGUGUGUGUGUGUGUGUGUGUGUGUGGUGUGUGUGUGUGUGUGUGUGUUUUUGUGUGUUUGUGUGACGUCACUUCCUCUCACUCACCUCAGUCUGACCUCACUAUUUGAAGUGGCCAAUCAGAACCCUCCCUCACCACCAAACACACGCAGCUCUCCCAUUGGUCGUUUCUCUAUUAACUAGCGACUAUUAAAUACAGUGCUAGCAUACAAUUAGCAAUAUAAUAGCAGGCACAGAGCACAGGGCUAACAUGAGGUAAACAAACUCAGCACAGAGCUCCUCGCCGUGGUUACCAUCAGCAGACAUGUUUAAUCAUUGUUUAUAGUUAGCACACAGCUAAACCAAUAAGAAGAGACGUACCCAGGGGUUAGCACAUGUGUAGCCAGGUAACAUCAGUCUCACAGCUAACAGACCUAGCUAACACAGCCAACAUGACCACCAGGGUAUCAGACAGCUAACACCUGGCUAGCAUAGGUAGCUUAAUGUCAGAACACAGCUACAACAAUGCUAACGCAGAGAUGUAGCAAGCACACUUUGCUAGUAAUUGGUUAGCUGGUGCUAACAGGAGGAUAGCAACUAGCUGACAUGAGUAGAUGGUUGCACACGGCUGUUACACAGCUGGUGCAGCGAGAACACACGGCUAACACACGGUGAAGUUCAUAUUUGAUAUGCACAUGGCUGUUACACGGCUAACACAUUGUAAACAUAAGUAAUAUGGUGUUAGCACAUAGCUAGCACCAUGCUAAUGCCCAGUAAGUGUUACUGCAAACACAAAGCAUGGGAACUAGCUCACACUUCAUUAGCAUGUUGGUAACACAGACUUUAACAGCUAACAACCCAAGAGUAACACGUAGCACACCGAGCUAGCAUUGGGUUCACUACCAGUUAGCGCAUGGCUAACACAGCUAACAGCUAGUAUUGAGUUCAUGGUUGGUGUUCGCCAUGUCAACGUAACAUCACAGAAACACGUACAACUGGAAGCAUAGCCUAGCUUAAUUAUUAGCAAUGUUAGCAUUUUAGCGUCUGAGACAAACUGUGCUACCAAUGGGAGAAAAGCCACAGAGCUGAGGGGGCGUGGCCUCAGGAGCGUUCAAUGAGUGAGAUCAAAAGCCAUACACACUGUUUGUGCGCAUUUAUUAACUGUGUGUGUGUGUGUGUGUGUGUGUGUGUGUGUGUGUGUGUGUGUGUGUGUGUGUGAGAGAGAGUGUGUAACAUUGCAGGGAUUUGCACUCCAGUGAUUCACCUCAGCAACAUGUCCUACACACACACACACACACAGAUACACACACACACAGAUAUAAACACACACACACACACACACACAUGCAUUGCACUGCCAUUUGAAAUAGUGGGUCAAAUUAGUCUCCAUGUAGCUUCACCAACCAAACUGUAUUUUCUUUAAAGGAACAGGGAUGUUGUAAAGUAUUUUUGUACAAAUUUAAUACUUUGGUAGCAUGACGUUCCUGGUGUUUGUCCUGUCGGGCUCCACUGCUCUACUCCACCCCCCUUUGUAUGGACGACUACUGAGCAACAAUAAAGAACCAAGAGGA